CCACUUUCGUUUUCGAUUUCUCCUCUGUUCUGUUCCUUUUCUGUUACGCAUUUUCUCUAGCGAUCUCUGCAAUUCUCUCUCUUUCCAUUUUCAUACAGAAAUCGAAGCUCUCUCUCUCUCCACCUCUGCAUGUUCAUCCAUGGCGAUCAAUUUCUGGCCGUUGGCGUGUAUUCAGACUCAGAACAGCCGCAAUCUUACGCCGCGGCCUCAUUAUCCGUCGAUGCCCAAAUAUCCGGCUGGGGUUUCGGCGCAGGAGAAUGACUUGCUGUUGUCCGAGACCACGGCGUUCUUCUCCGUCACCGGUAUGACCUGCUCUGCUUGCGCCGGCUCCGUCGAGAAGGCAGUAAAACGCCUCCCUGGGGUGGAUCAAAUAUGUGAGGCAAUUAACGAUGCAGGCUUUGAAGCAAGUGUAGUCAAUGAUGACAUGAUAGAAAGAUGUCGAAUUCGUGUAAUUGGAAUGACUUGCACUUCUUGUUCCACAACUUUGGAAUCUACCUUACAAGCAAUUCAUGGAGUUCAAAAUGCCCAAGUUGCAUUAGCCACAGAAGAGGCUGAAGUUUGUUAUGACCCAAGAAUUUUGAGCUACAAUCAGCUUCUCAAAGCCAUUGAAGAUUCUGGAUUUGAAGCUUUACUUAUUAGCACAGAAGAAGAUGUGAGCAAGAUACAGUUGCAAGUUGAUGGAGUGAGAACUGAGAAUUCAAUGAGAGUAAUUGGGAGCUCUCUGGAAGCACUGCCUGGAGUUCUGGGUGUUGAUAUUGAUCCUGCACUUGGCAAACUUUCCUUGUCUUACAAGCCAGAUGUCACAGGACCUCGAAAUAUAAUCCAAGUGAUUGAAUCAACGGGAUCUGGUCGAUUUAAAGCGACAAUAUUUCCUGAAGAACAGGGGAGAGAAGCUUAUAAAAGGGAGGAAAUUAAGCAAUAUUACAGAUUGUUCUUGUGGAGUCUGAUAUUUACAAUUCCAGUAUUUUUAAGCUCCAUGGUCUUCACUUAUAUACCUGGUAUUAAGGAUGGGCUGGAUACCAAAAUCAUCAAUAUGAUGAGUGUUGGGGAGCUGCUGAGGUGGGUGCUAUCAACUCCCGUGCAGUUCAUUAUUGGUAGGCGUUUUUAUACUGGGUCCUACAAAGCAUUGCGUCAAGGUUCUGCGAAUAUGGAUGUUUUGAUUGCUUUAGGAACAAAUGCAGCAUACUUUUAUUCAGUCUACAUGGUCUUAAGAUCUGCAACCUCUAGUGAUUUUAUGGCCACAGACUUCUUUGAAACCAGUUCCAUGCUUAUUUCAUUCAUUCUCCUUGGAAAGUAUCUCGAGGUCUUGGCGAAGGGAAAGACAUCAGAAGCUAUUGCCAAGCUUAUGAAGUUGGUGCCUGAAACAGCAACCUUGCUUACUUUUGAUAAUGAUGGAAAUGUCAUUAAGGAAGAAGAAAUUGACAGUCGAUUGAUACAAAAGAAUGAUGUAAUUAAAGUCAUUCCAGGGGCAAAGGUUGCUUCAGAUGGAGUUGUUAUUUGGGGACAAAGUCAUGUCAAUGAGAGCAUGAUUACAGGAGAGGCGAAGCCAGUAGCAAAGAGAACAGAUGAUCCGGUGAUUGGAGGCACCUUGAAUGAGAAUGGAGUGCUACAUGUGAGGGCAACGCAUGUUGGAUCUGAAAGUGCUCUUGCACAGAUUGUGCGACUUGUUGAAUCAGCUCAGAUGGCCAAAGCUCCAGUUCAAAAAAUUGCUGAUCGCAUCUCAAAGUUCUUUGUGCCAAUGGUAAUAGUCCUUUCAUUGACAACAUGGCUUGUCUGGUUUCUUACUGGGAAGUAUGGCGGCUACCCAAAGUCAUGGAUACCUUCUUCCAUGGAUAGCUUUGAGCUUGCACUCCAGUUUGGUAUAUCAGUUAUGGUCAUAGCAUGCCCUUGUGCUUUGGGCCUAGCAACCCCAACUGCUGUCAUGGUUGGAACAGGAGUCGGAGCAUCAAAAGGUGUCUUAAUUAAAGGGGGCCAAGCAUUAGAGAGCGCUCACAAGGUGAGUUGCAUCGUGUUUGACAAGACUGGAACUCUUACUGUUGGGAAGCCAGUUGUGGUGAACACAAAGCUACUAAAAAAUAUGGUUCUGAAGGAAUUCUAUGAAUUAGUCGCUGCAACAGAGGUAAAUAGCGAACAUCCUUUGGCCAAAGCCAUUGUUGAAUAUGCUAAAAAGUUCAAAGAAGAGGAUGAGAACAAAUCUUGGGCCGAAGCUUUGGAUUUUAUCUCCAUUACAGGACAUGGAGUUAAGGCUAUUGUUCAAAACAAAGAAGUAAUUGCAGGCAACAAGAGUCUUAUGUUAGAUCAAGACAUCUCCAUACCUGUUGAAGCUGAAGAAAUAUUGAAAGAAAUUGAAGAAAUGGCUCAAACUGGGAUUUUAGUAUCCAUUGACAGGAAAUUGACAGGAGUUCUUGCGAUAUCUGAUCCACUAAAACCAAGUGCUCGCGAUGUCAUUUCCAUUCUCAAGUCCAUGAAAGUUAAGUCCAUCAUGGUGACAGGUGAUAAUUGGGGGACAGCAAAGUCCAUAGCCAAUGAGGUCGGGAUUGAUGACGUAAUUGCCGAAGCCAAACCCGAUCAGAAAGCAGAGGAAGUGAAGAAGUUACAGUCUAUGGGUCACACAGUCGCGAUGGUGGGAGAUGGGAUCAAUGACUCGCCAGCGCUCGUCGCAGCAGAUGUUGGAAUGGCAAUUGGUGCAGGAACAGACAUUGCCAUCGAGGCAGCUGACAUAGUUCUCAUGAAAAGCAACUUGGAGGAUGUGAUAACAGCCAUUGACCUUUCAAGGAAAACGUUUUCCAGGAUCCGUCUGAACUACAUUUGGGCGCUCGGUUAUAAUCUUCUCGGCAUCCCUAUUGCAGCAGGAGUCCUAUUUCCAUCGACUCGGUUCCGUUUACCUCCAUGGAUUGCAGGAGCAGCAAUGGCAGCAUCUUCGGUUAGCGUUGUUUGCAGUUCUCUCCUGCUCAAGUACUACAAAAGACCCAAGAAGCUAGAUGGCCUUGGAAUACAAGGCAUUAGAGUUGAGUGAUUCUGGUAAGGUUGAAGGUGAAUGAAUAAGCUUCUUAUUUUUGUUUUUCUCCUAAAUUUGUGACUUGAAAGAAUAGGAAUAGUUCUAGUGUGGUAUUAGCACUGGAUAAGAAAAAUACUUACAUGUUAAUCGAUCAACACUCAUCUUUUUUUUACCACCACUAAAAUUUGGACAAAUAGGAGAGAGAAAUAAAGAAAAAUAUAUUUUUUUGGUUUUUUCAAAAAACUGAAAAACUAUCCAAUUUUAUUGAUGGUUAGGAAAAAGAUGGGUUUUGAUCGGUAAGCAUCUAUAAAUGUUAGAUACAUCUAGUUACUGUUGUGAACAAUGUGGUGGAUCAAAAAAUAAUGGUAAAAUUGCCCAUGUCAUUCAA